AUGGCUAAAAAGAAAAGCAAACUGAAAUCUUCUUCUCCGAAACCAAAAGUAUCUUCUACUGCUGCCAAACCAGUGGAAAUUGACAACCAACAAAAUAUUGAAAAUGUUCAAGAUUCUCCACUGGCACUUCAACAACAAUCAGCAACAGCAGAAGAAUCAGAAAACACAGCAACAACAGCGACACCUCUGGAAGGGACUACGGCUACAACAGAAUCAUCACCAGUAACAACAUCAAAUGAAACCGACCCCAUAGAAUUAUCAGUAUUAGAUAAUGCCGAUCACGCUAUUGACUCAAAUUCAAUCAAAUCAACUGAAGCAGUAUUAGAAACUUUAGACAGUGAAUUGAAUACUAUUGCCGACACAAAAACUGAACCACCAACAGAACAAGAAUUGAAUCCAACAUUAGCGAAAUAUAUGCGCAGUUGUCAAGAAGGGAAUUUAACUAUAGUUAAAGAAUUGAUUUCAUCAGGUCAAGUAUUGGUAAAUGAUACUUUUAGUGAUGAAAUUACGGGAUUACAUUGGGCAUGUAUAAAUAAUCGAUUAUCUUUAGUUAAAUUUUUAAUUGCCAAUGGUGCUAAUCCUAAUCAAUUGGGCGGUGAAUUGAAAGCUAGUCCAUUACAUUGGGCAUGUCGUAAUGGUCUUGUAUAUAUUGUUGAUUAUUUGAUGAGAAAUUCUGAUGCUGAUCCGAAUUUACGUGAUGCUCAAACUUAUAAUGCAUUACAUUUAGCUGUUCAUUCUUCAAAUAUCAUGUUGGUGAUAUAUUUAUUAUUGAGUUGUUGCAGUACUGAUUCUGUGAAAAAAGUAUAUAUUGAUGAACCUGAUGGAUCUAAUCGAACUGCUUUACAUUGGGCCAGUUAUCAAAAUGAUAUUUUCACCAUCAAUGCAUUAUUAAGAUUUGGAGCUGAUGUAAGUAAAGUCGAUAAUAGUUUGUUUAUCCCAUUACAUUGGGCAUUUAUGAAAGGUUAUAAAUCAGUGUUAAAGGCAUUGGUAGAAGCUGGAUCCGAUAUUUAUUUCAAGAAUGAUCAAAAUAAAAAUUCAUUCGAUAUUGCUAAAGAUAUGAAUUGUUCCAAUACUUGGGAAAAAGUAUUGAUCGAAACCGGUAGAGAUCCUAAAAAUAAUUGGGCCCCUCUUAAACCUUGGGUACUGGCCAAAUUAGGUAAAAUUAUUACAUUUUUAACACCAUAUUUCUUAUUACCACUUCUGUUUAAUGUUUUAUCAAUGGGUGGUGAUCAAGGAGGGUUUAUAAUACCUAAAUUAAUCUUGGCCAUUGGUAUAUUAGGUGGUGGUAUUUAUUUAUUAAACAAAUUAAUUAUUUCACAAUAUAUCUUUGAUGAUAAGAAAUUAGCCAAAUCACCAAUUUUAGCCGGAGUGUUUUCUGCCACGGCGUUUUGGAGUGUUUUGGUUUGGUUAUAUAAUAUUUUACCAACUACAUUUAUUCAUAAUUUUUUUGCCAAUGUUAUUAUGGCAAUUUUAAUUGCAAUUUUCACUUGGUCAUUUUUCAAAGCCAUGUUUAUAAACCCAGGCUUUGUUCCUACUCCAGCUGAUAAUAAUGUCAUAUUAUCUCAAGUGGCUCAAUUGAUAGAAUUGGGGAAAUUUGAUACUGACCAUUUUUGUGUUAAUAGUUUUGUUAGAAAACCAUUAAGAUCAAGAUAUUCAAAACAUAAUAAAAGACUUAUUGCUAGAUUUGAUCAUUCUUGUCCAUGGGUAUAUAAUGAUAUUGGGGUUAGAAAUCAUAAAAUUUUUAUCACAUUUGUUUAUUCAUUAAACAUGGCAAUAUUUGUGUUUUUAUAUUUAUCAUUACAAUAUUUUGAUAAAGUUAAAGAUCAAUAUGAUUCUGAUGACGAGGGAGAAGGAGAAGGAUUUGUUUGUUCUAUUUUAGGAGAUGAUAUGUGUUAUGGAUAUAAAAAUCAUCAUUUUCAUUUCAAUGUUUUCAUGUGGGAUUUAUUUCAAUGUGUAUGGGUUUCAUUUUUAUGUAUUGUUCAAACAUUUCAAAUUCUUAAAGGAUUAACAACAUGGGAAUUUAGUUCAUUAAAUAAACAAUUACAAACUAAUCGAUUCAAUCAUUCUACUGUUCCUAGAGAUUUUGAAGCUGGUGAAGGGAUUUCAUUAGAUCAAACCCAACCUUCAGAUGGUCAACAUAGACAUAAUCAUAAUGAAUUUCAAACGUGUAUGAAUUUAUUAGGUAUUGAUCAAUUCAUAUUGACUUUGAAAAUGAGUUUAAAAUCACUUUUUUCUAAUACUCGUCAUGGCAAUAACAAUACUAAUUAUGAUCCAUUAACUUCAUUACAUAUCCCCACUGAUCAUGGAAUUAAACAAAAUUGGUUAGAUUUUUGGAUUAUUGGUGAAGAGAAAUGGAGAAAUGUAUUUUAUUUACCUAUUGAUGGCGAAAAUAAUUUAAAUGGGAAAGUGGUAGAUUAUUAUACAUUAUAUAGUUACCAUUGA